AUGCUUCUCGAACCCAUGGAUUCCGCCUUCUCCCCGGCCCGCUCCCUCUUCAAGCGCUGCAAGCAGUGUGAAACCUCAUCCCCCGCUUGUCCCUCAUGUCCCGAUGGAUCAAUAUGCACCAUGACCGCCCCGAGCUGUGAUGAAUGUGCGACCACAAAGUGCGUUUCAACAGGCUCCACGCCCUCGGACUCCGGGGGCACCGACACUGGCGCUAUUGCCGGUGGUGUCAUCGGUGGUGUGGCUGCCAUCGCCCUCAUUGUGUUCUUGGUAUGGUGGUUCGUCAUCCGAAAGAAGCGCCUGGAGCGCCAGGAAGCGGAGAAGAACGGUUCAUUCUCGGCAAAUCGCAGUGAACGUCAGUCCAUCGCCUCUACAGUCCUAACCCGUGCCUCCAAUGUCAUCCAAAUCGCCUACAUUCCUGGUGUCACCAACCGCUCCCCGCCGGAGACCCCAGCCUCCCUUGUGCCUCCUGUUCCACCGCUUCCUGGUGCGACACCCGAUCAACACUUCUUCAUGCCGGGUGACCUCCGUGACUCGUCAUGGACAACUACUACCGGCCACCAGAGCAUCUCUCCCACUUUGCGCAGCAGUGUGGCUACCACCAUCUACCGUAACGAUGCCAUCGUUAGUGCCAUGCCUGCGCAGCAGAUCCAGCGGUCUCGUGCAGCCGUGGUGAGCAUCCACAACGGAGGAGCCGGGUCAAAUGCCCCUGGAGACGACUCACCCGUUGCUGUCACGAUUACUCCUGCGGACGCACCUGCGGUCCCGGCCAUUACCCCGGCGCAACUUGCUCGGGCGGAGGCUGUCAAGGGCAACAGUUCAUGUGUGGCUCGCAGUGUAACUGCCAAGCCAGUGAUGGUGCGUGGACCUUCGGUGAAGAAGAAGCAAACCAAUACCACACCCGCUAUCGACCGGAUCGAAGAGCUGUCUGAGCAUAGUAAAAGCAAUAACACAAGCCGGGCGGUGUCAACCACAAACAACGACCAGUUCAAUCACGACAUUUCCACAUUCGACGCGUCCUCAUCGGGCGACGAUGAUACACAUCGAUCAUCUACCGCCAACCUGGACACCGGUUCCUCGCAUCGCCAGACCGAUUCACGUCGAGCUUCCGGCUUGAGCGACGGACGUAGCUCCACUCGGACGCCACCCACCCGGGUAGAAAGUCCAUUCUCGGAUGCGAAUGAGGUGAAAUGA